GUGGCAAAGCCUCGAGUUCAGUGAUGCUUAUGUGUAGAUUGCGCUUGUGCUUACCUUUGUAAUACGUGGUGACUGUGAAUCGAGUUCCUCUGUGUGCUCCAACAUGCCAAAUUAUUCUUGAGUAAUUCGUGAAAGCUGCUUCAAAUACAUUUAACAUUUAUAAAUAAAAAAUCACUGAAUAAAGGACUUGAUUAAUACAAGUCUAUUGUCCUUAUUUUAAUACAUUUUUUGGCGAGAGUUUUGUCUGGAAUUUAUAUAGUCACCAUGAGUACCAGCACCACCAAUGAUUCCAAAUACGGCAUCGUGAAAUUGAUUGUAUCUGGUGAUACAAUCACUAUUAGAGGAGUACCGAGAGGUGGACCUCCACCAGAAAAAACCAUUACGCUUUCUAACAUCAAUGCUCCAAAAUUAGGAAGACGAGGAAAUACCAAUGGUGAUGAAGUAAAAGACGAACCUUGGGCUUGGGAAGCCAGAGAAUUCUUACGAAAGAAAUUAAUUGCCCAAGAGGUAGUUUUUACUGAAGAAAAAUCUGUGAGUGCGACGAAAGUUUAUGGAUCUGUGUGGUUAGGCAAAGAUAAAAAUGGAGAAAAUGUAGCAGAGCUCUUGGUAUUUGAGGGCUUAGCGACAGUGAAACGAGAUAAUGUACGUAAUCCAAGUCCGGCUCAGCUCCGUUUGCAAGAAUUGGAGGAUGCAGCAAAGUCGGCAGGGAGAGGAAAAUGGUCAGGCAGUCCAUCUGCUAAGCACAUUCGAGAUAUCAAGUGGGCAGUUGAUAAUCCCCGUGCUUUAGUUGAUAAAUACGGUGGAAAACCUGUCAAAGCCAUUAUUGAACAUGUUCGAGAUGGUUCCACCGUUAAAGCAUUCCUUUUACCUGAUUUUUAUCACAUUACUUUGAUGUUAUCUGGUAUCCGUUGUCCUCAAAUGAGACCUGAAAGUGAAGAGCCGUUCGCUAAACAAGCUCAAUUUUAUGUAGAAACAAGAAUCCUACAAAGGGAUGUUGAAGUUAUUCUUGAAGCUACAAAUAACAACAAUUUUGUUGGAACAAUUUUACAUCCAGCUGGGAAUAUUGCUGAACAUUUGUUACGUGAAGGAUUUGCUAAAUGUGUAGAUUGGACGAUGAACUUUACGAAAUCAGGAGUUGAUAAAUUAUAUAUGGCUGAAAAAGAAGCAAAAGAAAAAAAAUUACAUCUCUGGCAAAACUGGCAACCAACUGCUCCUCAGAAAGAAUAUAAUGCUGUGGUUGUAGAGAUAACUGGAGCCGAUUCGUUUGUUGUUAAAAUGCAAAACGGAGAGACAAAGAAAAUCUUUUUGAGUAGCAUUCGACCACCCCAGCGAGAGAAAAAAGCUGGAGAAGAUAAAAACACGCCAAGACCUAAAGAAUUCAGACCUUUGUAUGAUAUUCCUUUUAUGUAUGAAGCUCGUGAGUUUUUGAGAAAAAAAUUGAUUCGAAAACAAGUCAAAGUGAUCGAAGAUUAUACACAACCAGCUAAAGAUCAGUAUCCAGAGAAAAUCUGUUGUACUGUGAUGAUUGGAAAGGUGAAUGUGGCAGAAGCUAUGGUUUCUAAAGGUUUAGCCACAGUUGUAAGAUAUAAACAAAAUGAUGAUGCGCGACCUCUUCAUUAUAAUGAACUCUUAGCAGCUGAAAGUAAAGCAGAAAAAUCUCAAAAUGGUCUUCAUGCAAAAAAAGACACCGCUCCGCAAAGAAUUAUUGAUUUAUCAAAUGAUGCUGCUAAAGCUAAGUGCCAUUUGUCAGCAUUAAAAAGGACACGUGGUAUCAAAGCAGUUGUUGAAUUCGUCACAAGUGGUUCACGAUUAAAGCUUUUCUUACCGAAAGAACAUUGUCUGAUAACAUUCUUACUUGCUGGAGUAAAAGCACCAAGACGUUCCAGACCUAAACCAGGUGGUGGAACUAUUGAAGGUGAAAAAUACUGCGAAGAAGCCUACAAUUUUAUGAAAGAUAAUACUUUCCAAAAAGAUGUAGAAAUUCAAGUAGAUGGCAUGGAAUCAAAAGGCAGUGGAUUUAUUGGAUGGCUUUUUGUUGAUAAUGUUAAUAUGUCUGUAGCACUUGUUGAAGAAGGUUUAGCUGAAGUUUCCAGCUUUACUGAACACGGUGAAUACCUCAAGACUCUUAAAGCUGCUGAAGAAAGAGCUAAAGCCAAGAAACUAAAUAUCUGGGACCGUCCUGAAGUUGAACCUGAUACUGAAGAGGUUAAAGAAGAGACCGAAAUCAUUGAAAGAAAAGUUGAAGCUCGUGAGGUUGUUAUUGCUGAAAUUACAGAUGAUCUUCAUUUCUACGCUCAGUAUGUCGAUCAGAGAAGCCAAGUGGAAGGGCUUCUUUCGCGACUGCGUCAAGAACUUGCCGACAAUCCACCACUUCCUGGUGCUUUUAAUCCAAAACGUGGUGAAUUAGUUGCUGCCAAAUUCAGUGGUGAUGGAAUGUGGUAUCGUGCCAAAGUAGAAAAAGUUGCUGGCACUAACAUAAGUGUUUUUUACAUUGAUUAUGGCAAUCGAGAAGUUGUCAAUGUUACACAAGUAGCUCCUUUACCUUCUGAAUUCACUAAUGAAAAGCCUUUUGCGCAUGAAUUUGUGGCAGCUUUCGUGGCUCUUCCUAAAGAUGUCGACGAUCAAAAAGCAGCACUUCAGGCUCUUCACGAAGACGUUGAAGACAAAACCUUAUUAUUGAGUGUCAUGUAUAAAUCUCAAUCAGGAGUCUUAGCAGCUACUCUAGUGGAUCCUGUUACAAAUGAAGAUAUAAUUAAGGCGCUUGUUACUGAUGGAUACCUUUUAGUAAAUAGAGAGAAAAGAAAUGCUGUGAAAGCGGAAUACCUGGAAGCACAAAAAGAAGCAAAAACUCAUCAUCGUAACAUCUGGCAGUAUGGUGAUAUUACGGCUGAUGAACAAGAAAACAGCUGGAAGUAAUUUAUACCAGUUGAAAAGUGGAAGUUUGAUAAUAUAGAUGAAGGAAAUUGUUACAUACGGACGAAGUAAAUUUAUAAUUGCAGACACUGUUGUAUGAACAAAAAAAAAUAUCGACAACAUAAUAAACCCAUCAAUACAGAUGAUAAAGUAUGAAUAAUCAUACAUCAAUGAGUUAUAUUUUAAUAAGAUAAUAAAUGGCAAUGUUAGUAUUGCAUACUUCAUCGAUUGUGAUUGAAAAUAUCUACACAGUCAAAAGAAAAAAAAAGGAUUAUAAAUUGUACAUAAUAAUAAUCAUUGUGACAUGUAAACGCAGAUAGUGAGCCCCAUCCUUCCUAUUUUUUUUUCAAUUCCCCAUCUAAUAAGACUGUACCAUCGUUUUAACGAUAAUGCAUUCCGCAUAAGCAAACAAAAAUUGAUAAAAUCAUCAUCUUUUAUAUAUUAUUUCAAUGGAAUCAUGUUCACAAUCAUUAAUUAAAUUUUAUGAAUUGUUAAUAACUAUAAUUCGAUCAUAUAAUGUACACACAAUUAUUUUUUUUUUAUAAACGAAAAUAUAUAUAUAUAAUCGAUAAAAUUGUUAAUUAUUGUUCUAUUAUUGUAUUUUUUUUAAUUUUAAAAAUUUAUAAUUAAAUUCAAUGAAGCAAAGAGAUUAUUUAUAUAUAAAGGAAAAAACAAUAUUUCAUUAUUAUUUUAAUAAAUUAUCAUAAGAUAAUAUGAUCCUAUAAUUGAUCUUUAUGAAUCAAUGACAAAGUAUUAAUAUUAAUAUUGAGGAGGGAAGGGGACUGCGUAUAAAUUAUAAAACAAGUAAAAAUGAUUUAAAAUGACUUUUUUUGGUCAUAGUAAAACAAUAUUAAAAUGCUCAAGAAAAAGAUUUAAAUUAAAAUUCAUGAAUACCAACUAUGUACACAAUAGAUAGAUUUGAAGAAUUCAAUUUUAGAAAUUGUUGAAAAGUUUUCAUUUGCAAUGACUAUAAUUGUUAAUUAUCUUAAACAAUUAGUUUUGUAUCAUAAUUUUAUGAAAGAAACAACCAAUUGCCAAUUGUUUACUCUACAUUUUAUGUUAACAUGUUAAUGAGUGAGAAUAGAAAAUAUUGGGGAUACAAAUCGAUGGAAUAGUGUGUGUAUUAGAAUUUAUUACAACUUGGGAACAUAAUAAAUAGUGAGAUAUUUGUGACGAA